AUGCCCGACGACCCCUUCCUUGAGCCGUGGUCCAAUCUGGCGGGAGGCGCAGAUAAGGUGCCGCAGACGGACGAAUGGUCGCGUCUUUUGAAACGCUCCGAGAUCUCGGACGAGACCCAGAGCAUUGGCGAAGGCAGCGCGAGCGCCGCUGGCUCGCCCCACGUGCCGCUGGUGCCCCAGAUGUCGACGCCGGUGCAGUCGAUGCGCCCCCGCGCCGGCAGUGUGGGCCGCGUCGCGGCCAACGCCCACCAGCCGCAACACGUCGUGGUGCUGCGGAACGAGGCGGAGCGUACCGCGUUUAUGGAGAUGCGAUUUGGGCAGCUCCAGCAAGUGAUGUGCAAAAUGAUUGCCAAGGAGUGGAUCAAGGUCAUCGAACCCAAAAAGCAGACGCGUUUCCCUUACAACAAAGGCGAAGAAGGCAAGCCGAGCUGGUGGCCGGCCGACGUCCGACACAAGGAGCCCGACCACCUGAUGAAGCCCGAACGCCACGCGCUGCUGCUCGCGAUGCUGCGCUCGAACCAGGCGCGUAUUGCGCGCCUGCAGCUCGCGACGGCGGAAGUCGUCGUCCAGAUCAAGUCGGGGCGCGUUAGUCUACUCAUGGACAUUUACCGCAUCGCGCGUGAAGAGGAGCAGCUUCGCGACCAAGGAAUGGACCUUGACACACCCAUCACCGUCGGUGUCUCUUCGCUCGAUGGCUGGGACAACAACGCGGGGUGCGUAUCCGAACAAAAGGGCGAAGGAAGCACUCAAGGCACGCCUCGCGACGAGGCCGCGCCGGGCUCCGAGCCGAUCGCCAAGCUGCUUGCGUCCCAACGCAAGCGAAGGCGCUACACUGCGACCGCGGAGCAAACGCCGGACCGCUCGGGUGCAUCCAUGGCGUGGACGCCACUGAGCGAGCAGUACGACCAGCACCAGGGCCUGCGUGCCGUUCCGCAGGUCUCGCCAUCGCACCCCAUGACGGCGAGCCCACGCUUUACCUUUUGA